UUUGAACUCUCGCCUAGUAAUCUAGUAUUACACUCCUACUUGCCGGCGGGAUUACUUGCUCCUCUCUCUUUAAUCACUGGCCGUUAAUAAUUUCUAUAAAGCUUGAAUGAGAGAUCAAUCUGCUGUACGUGCUCAUCAGGUACGUUCGUGAAAUAAAAGGAGAUCGAGAUCGAUCUGUUUGCCGCCCCUUCGCCGAUCGAUGGGCGAGGACCUUGCUGCUCGCCACAGCCGGCGCUGGUGCUGCCGUUUCGCGGCCGUCCUUUGCCUGUGCGCGACCUGCAACUGCAAACCAGAUGAUCUCCCGAUGGAUCCACUGCCGAACUUGCUGCCGACACGGUCGCUGCAGUGCUUCGAGGACGAUCAGGUGUACAGCUGCUGCGAGGCCACAUACAGGCUGAACCCAUCGGGAAUCAUCGCCGUUCCCAUCGGGGCGGUGGACUACUACUGCGGCGGCGCGUGCGUGGUGGAGACGGAGGACGUGCUCAACUGUGUGGCCAGCGCCCUGGACGGCUUCGCCUUCUACAACGGGGCCUCCGUGGAGGACGUGCGCUACGCGCUCCGGCGGGGCUGCAGCCACAGCGUCAGAAGAGGCUCGUGUUCGUGUCUGCGUAGGCGACUUCAACGAUUUGGAGCCGCAUCUCGGCGACUACCCUGACAUCUAUGGUGACGACGAACACAGCUUUGGCAGCAAGGUUGCAGCUCCUCUGAGGUUGCUCGCGUUUCUUGGCGGUGCGGGGCUGUUUCUCCUUGGCCCUUGAACGAAGAUAUAAAAGAAUUAGCGACGUGAUCCGCGCAAAUAGCGCGAGUAGCAGUUUGUCUUAUGGUUUUACUAUAUGAAAUAUUCUUUUUUUUUUAAAAAAAGUUUUAUUUAGUUGUUUGACUAUAGCUGCUAAUCUUAAUGCUCAACAAGCAGUUCGAACUCCAUACACUAUCGACCAAGUCCUUGGCUUGAAGACUCCCCCUCUUUCAUUUUAUUCACUCCUAUCUAGCGUGGUUGCAUAAUUUAUGCUGAGGUAAGAGGUAGGUAUCUUUUGGUUCUUUGGUGAACAAUUUCUUCCGCAGUCUUAGGCUUCGGUGGCAUUAAUUACGCGCUUCUGGGAACCGAGACUGUUGAAGAAUCUUUUUCAUUCUUUGGUUAUAUGGAAAGAUAGAAAUAAAAUGACUACAAUUUUGGAUAUUCACUUAAUUUUGUUAGGUCUAGGUGCUUUUAUUCAAGUACUCAAGGCUC